UGUGCAAUUGCACAAAUUGAUUCAUCAUUAAUAGAAGGUUGUCCAUUGAGAUUUAAAUAUACUAGAUUAAAACAAGAUCAUACUAUUUUAAUCACAGAUAUACUGAAAAUGUUACUAUUUCUAUACAAAGAAACGAGACUUAUGUAUUUUAAAUUUGAACAAGAUUGUGCUAUUUCACUAACACAUCUAUCAGUAAUAGCUAUACAUGCAUCAAGACUCAGAUGUAGUAGCUUCAAACAAUAUUUUGCAAUUUCUAUAAUUG